AUGGAGCUGGCCCUCCCCAACGCCCCUCGCGGCUCCCAACUUUCGGCGCGAAGCAUUGCUGUCGAAGCGUUGCAGAUGAAGAAACUUCACCAGGAGCGGGGGGGGAGCCCGAUGUUGGCCCAGCAGGCCCGCCGUGUCCUCUUCGCGACCUCGAUUACCGGACAAAACAUCGACGCCCGCUCCGUCGCGCUACUCCUCAGCACCGCAGUUUAUUUUGGGAUGGAAAGCGACGCCAGGCUAGUGCGCGAGUCCAUAGACUACUGUCUGAAAAACAACAAGUUUAUCAGCUUGGAUGUGCUGCCCAUUGUCGUGACCGCGUGUGCGACCCUCAAAUCGCGCGAUGCGAGAGAGGUGAUUGAGCUCCAGGCCAUCAAGGCCACACAAAACGCGAAGUACCUCGACGCGAAAGGGGUCACAAAUAUCACCAGUGCUUUCUCGAAAACAAAUAUUCAUCACGAAAAAUUAUACGGUCUACUUUCCUCUCGCAUUCAGACUCUCGCACGUGUAGGGGAGUUUGAGGCGUCGCAUCUGGUUAUUCUCGCGAACGCCUUCUCGAGGUUACGUUUUCAGGAUAAGAAUGUUUACAACGUCAUCGCCCGCCGCGCAAUAUCACUACGGGAGCGUGUUACCGUGAAUGAACUGGUACCCCUGAUUCUUGCCUUUUCAAAAGCCGGGCUGAAGGACGUCAAACUGAGCAAGCGCUUUGCUGGUAAAGCGAUGGAGUAUGUCGACCAAAUGAAUGCGGAACAAGUGUCGAUAAUGUUUCAAGCCUUCGCCUAUUUUGGGAUUCGGUAUGACCAGCUAUUCGGUGUUCUCACGAACCGAGCGGUUGAGCUAAUUGAUGAGUUUAGCGCACAGUAUAUCAGCACCACGCUUUCGGCAUUCCAGCGGAUUGGGAUCAACAACCCUGAGCUGUUCGACAACCUAGCGGAGCGCUCCCUGGCAGUCGUCCAGGACCACGACUCGAGAGAUAUCUCCAAAACCGUUACCGCACUCGCCCACUUCGGGCUCAAAGAUGAGGAGCUUUUCAAACGUCUGGCUUCUCAUGCCGCUUCCAUCGCAGAUCAAUUUGAUCCAAAAGAUCUUGUCAGCACUAUUCACGCCUUUGCGAGGACAAAUUUUUUUCAAGAAGACACGGCGAUUGCGCUAUCAGAGAGAAGUCCCUAUGUCUGUCGCUUUCUCGAUGCAGGGGAGACGCGGCGGCUGUUGUGGUCCUUGGCAAAGUUUCAUAUACGCGAGCCGCAGAUCUUAACGGCUGUGUUCAACCGUUGUCUGGCGCUGCAUCAAGAGUUUUUUUCGGACCCCACAGGUAGUGAAGAAAUUGAGGAGAUAUUCGAUGUGUACGGACCAAAUUUGUGCCCACCGUUGUAUCAGCUCUACAUCUCACGUGGCACUCAAAUGUAA